AUGCCUUUCUCACUUACUACGAUAACUCUCUCUGCCCUGCUCCUGCGGACGAUACCCAUCGUUGUUGCCCAUCCUGCUUUAGGUGGAAUAUUGCCAUUGAAAGGAGUAUCAGAAAAUCCAAGUGGCUACACAAACCUAAAAGAGACCGACUUUACUGCGCCUUGGGAACAAUAUAAAUCUGGAGAAGUUGGCUCUCAGAAUGGUCUUGAGAACGCUAGUGGUGGUGACCCAGAUCACUCAUGUGGCGGUAGUGGUGGUAAAGGUGGCGGCGGAGGCACGUGGAGUGGUACUGUCACGACGAUGACUAUCACUGACUGCACCGUGACUCCUACAGCCACUAUCACCAUAACUACUGAUGGCAAUGGCUCUGGCACUGCUACAUUCACUGUCACCACUACUGACACUGCCUUCACUACUACAACAUUUACCACUAUCGAUACUGUCACUGUUACCACCGCCAAUACACGUCCCACGAAGACCGUCACUGACACCCUCACGGAGACUAUCAAUGACUGUGAGACGACAAAAACAGAUAUCACCACCGUUACCGAAGAUGGCCCGACAGUCACUGAGACAACCACUGCCACGACUGCAGGACCAACCGUCACUUCAACUGUGACCACUGCAGCAUCGACCGUCACUGAUCCAGGCUCCACAAUUACCGAGACAGAGACCAAGACCAAUACGGUGACUGAGCAUGUGACCGACACAAUAACCAAUAACCAAAUAAUUACCGAAACGACUACUGCCACUCAAACUGAGACUCUAGAGGUAACCACUACGGUGACCGCUGAUGACUGCUCAGACACCGGUACUGGCGGUGGCGGCUUGGAUUACGGAACCUGCUCGGACCCAACCAUCCUAUGGGAAUACGGCCUUGAUGGACGCACGGACUACUCUUAUACCACCCGGAACCAGGUUGAUUUUCCAUUUGGCUCCUCGCCAGACAUUUUUACUCCAGAAGAUCUCAUUUGUAACCGUCUCAAGAGCCCCUGCAAUGCCCCGCAGGCCACUAUAGACCAGUGCUAUGCAGCUGAAGAAGCGACUGCCGGUAUGACUGGACAGGAGGCUGCUGAUACGUGGAAUUCGUUGAUGACAUAG